AUGUCUCGUCCCGAGGACACCCUCGCGGCCGACGUCCACUACGACGACAUUGAGGCCCGCAAGUACACCACCUCCUCGCGCAUCCAGAACAUCCAGGCCGCCAUGACCCAGCGCGCCCUCGAGCUCCUCGACCUCAAGACGCCCUCGCUCAUCCUCGACGUCGGCUGCGGCAGCGGCCUCUCCGGCGAGAUGCUCUCCGCCGUGCCCCCCUCCGCCGGCGGCCCGCACACCUGGAUCGGCAUGGACGUCAGCCCCUCGAUGCUCGACGUCGCGCUGCAGCGGGACGUCGCCGGCGACCUGCUCCUCGCCGACAUGGGCCAGGGCGUGCCCUUCCGCGCCGGCACCUUUGACGCCGCCGUCUCCAUCUCCGCCGUGCAGUGGCUCUGCAGCGCCGAGACGAGCGACACCUCCCCCGCGGGCCGGCUGACCCGCUUCUUCAACGGCCUGUACGCGUCGCUGCGCCGCGGCGGCCGCGCCGUCUGCCAGUUCUACCCCAAGAACGACGCCCAGCGCAGCAUGAUCACCCAGGCGGCGGUCAAGGCCGGCUUCGGCGCGGGAUUGCUGGAGGACGACCCGGGCACGAAGAACGUGAAGCUGUACCUGGUGCUGACGGUGGGCACGGCGGGCGGCGAGGGCGGUAGUGCGGGAGACAUUACGGGCGUGGUGGCGGGCAUGGACAACGUGGACGUGGAGGACUCGCGGAGGAAGUUUGCGGCGGUGAACAAGAGGGGCGAGAUGAAGAAGGGCAGUAAGGCGUGGAUCGUGAAGAAGAAGGAGCAGAUGGAGCGCAAGGGCAAGAUUGUCAAGGCCACAUCCAGGUACACGGGCCGCAAGCGCCGCAUUGCUUUCUGA